GGUCACAUUAUUUAUUUGAUUAUGCACUUCAGUAAAUCCCGAGACCGCCGGCAGGCCAAGCAGGCUCGACCCCUGCCGAACGGAGUUGCCGGCGCAGCGAAGUGGAACUGGCAACUCCGUUUGGCGGAAGGGCGGGCCUGCUUGUUUAACAGUGUGCUUCACCUUUCCCCUUCCAAUCGUAAAAUUGUAUUUCCACAUAGGACUGCUCGUGUGCGUGCCAGGACUGCCGAGUCAGCUCUCCGGUGGCGUGCUGGUUAUCGCAAAGGACAAAGCUGUUGAAAUUUUCUGACUCGGAGCUCUACAACAAUUCGUGUCUUUGAAUCCUGAACCAGAGCUGUGUGGUCUAGGCUACGACUAGUUGCCGCCCCCCCCCCCUUUUCCUCCUGACGAGCUCUCACACCGCGCAUCGCUUCAUCGUAUAGAGACACGCUCGCUGACAGUAGGAGCAUAUUGUGAAUCAGCCCACGUUUCUCCGGGGUGGUUGCCAGGAUUUGCAACAGGCGUUUAGGUGUCCAGGAGUGACACCUAAGAUACUCUAAAAUUUGUAGACCUCCAGCUUAUUUCUUUCCUCUUACACAGACGACGGACGCACGGACUGACGGACACGUAAACGGUUGCGUAAGCCCGCUUUAAUGUUCUUUAAAGAGAGAUUCAAAUACUAAGCCAAACACUUAAAAGUGUGCAACAUAGGGUUAAGAACUUGCAUGUGCACGCCAGUUGCAUACCUUAUCACACUGUGAAAAAUAUACGUAAUCCUAUUUAUACGAAGUAUUUUGUAAAUUAUCCAUAACAAUUCGUGUCGUACGUGUACAACCGCCCACUCUUCCUCGUCAUUCGAGACCAAGUCGAUUUUCAUCAGUUCUAGUAAAUACACAAUUUUAAACAUGUCCUUCAUGCGUUCUACUACCUGUGUGCCAAUGACGACAGGUCUCUUGUUCGUUUGGGUGUGCCUAUGCUCCUCCAUGUUACGUGUUCCGGUCGCUUCAGGGGCUCAAGGCUUGAAGACGAAAUUAGUGGCAAAGUACUACGGCAUCGAAAAAUGUAAGGACAAAGAGAGCCUGUUUCACUUUGCAAACGUUUCCUAUGUACUGCAUGACGACGGGGGGACCCUCGUUAAUGCCAUUUUGGAUUUCUUGGUACCCAUCUCAAGUUUUAAAACGAUCGUUGUCAAUAUUAACCGUUGUGCGGGAGGCGUGGCUUCUAACCUGUGCGAGUACUAUACACGCUGGACGUGGUCCACCGCCAUAUGUAGUCUGCUUGUCACGAAGAACAUGAUUUGGACGCCAUGGGUUGAGUGCAUUAAGCCUACCUUUAAGUGUCCAGUACCUGCUAUACGUCGAUAUUGCACCAAUUGUUCAUUGGAUUUGAGACUCGCAGACUCCAUGGGUCUGCGUUUCGUCGACAAGUACAUCUGGGACACCGAAAUCCAGCUGUGGAGCGAAAGGAAUCAACUUGCCUUCUGUAUGACUAUGUAUUUUGAGCCACAACGGGUUCCCACUCAUAAAAGUGGAAGUAAAAGUUAAACGAGAGAUGCAAGCCGUCACACGUAUCGCAUAACAGCCUUUGCGAUACUGUAGGGUACUAUGAAACGAGAACCAAAUAAUGUUGAAAUAUCGUAAACAAUCAAAUAAAGAAUUUAGUUAAAUUCGCAACAAUAGGAGUUUUUAGAGUAGUUGACUACCGUGAAAGUGUCUAAUUCCGGACCAGCAGGGUAAAUCUGGACCGAGGGGUCCGCAAGUACGGUCUGCCGGUGUACACAUGUGGUGGGCUUCCUGGUUUUCGUAUUUUUUUGAUUAUUAGUAGUUAAUACCCAAUUUUCUCAUUUAAUAUUGAAACAUAUUGUGCUGUUUUAAUUUUGUUUUUGUUUUUUAAAUGUGUUUUAUUAGCGAGGACACGCUGGGACAGUCUAGAGCUGGAGUUAAGGGGGGACGUGGAAGGACAGGGAGGUUAAGGACACCUUGGGAC